AUGAGACGAGGUAUCUCCGGAGGACAAAAGAAGCGUGUAACCACAGGUGAGAUGCUUGUUGGACCAGCAAAAACUUUGUUUAUGGCCGAGAUAUCAACAGGUCUAGACAGUUCCACUACCUUUCAGAUAGUCAAGUGCUUGCAGCAAAUUGUACACCUCACCGAGUCAACAAUCUUAAUGUCGCUACUACAACCUGCCCCCGAGACAUUCGAUCUAUUCGAUGACAUCAUCCUUCUAUCCGAGGGCCAGAUCGUGUAUCAGGGCCCACGGGAAAAUGUUCUUGAGUUCUUUGAGAGUUGUGGAUUCAUAUGUCCAGAGAGAAAGGGCAUUGCUGACUUCUUGCAAGAGGUUACAUCUAAGAAGGACCAACAACAAUAUUGGGCAGAUAAAAGAAAACCGUAUAGAUAUAUACCAGUUAGUGAAUUUAAUGAAAGAUUCAAGUGUUUCCAUGUGGGGGAGAAGCUGAAAAGAGAGUUGUCAAUUCCAUACGACAAAAGCGAAAGCCAUAACGCUGCUCUAGUUUUUGAAAAAUACUUAGUCCCCAAAAUGGAGCUCCUUAAAGCCUCAUGGGAUAAAGAGUUGCUACUAAUGAAGAGAAACGCUUUCAUUUACAUUUUCAAGUCUAUACAAAUCGUGUUUGUAGCAUUUAUUGCCACAACUUUGUAUCUUAGGACCACAAUGCACCACAGGAAUGAACAAGAUGGUGUGAUUUACGUAGGGGCACUUUUGAACAGUCUGCUCAUCAACAUGUUUAAUGGUUUUGCUGAUCUGUCACUAAUCAUCAUGAGACUUCCAGUAAUUUACAAGCAAAGGGACCUCAUGUUCCACCCGCCAUGGGCUUUCACUCUUCCAGCUUUCUUGCUACGUAUUCCUAUAUCUAUAGUAGAGAGUAUUAUGUGGUGUGGGAUUUUAUACUUUGGUGUUGACCUCGCCCCUGAUGCUGGCAGGUUCUUCAAGCAUCUUCUGUUGGUUUUCUUGAUCCAGAAUGUGGCAGCAGGGCUGUUUAGGCUAAUUGCUGGGGUUUGUAAGACAAUGAAUAUUUCUAACACAGGAGGAGCUGUUGUACUUUUACUUAUAUUUCUGUUAGGUGGUUUUAUACUUCCUAAAACCCGGAUUCCAAAUUGGUGGGAGUGGGCAUACUGGAUUUCACCUCUGUCUUAUGGCUUCAAAGCAUUUGCUAUAAACGAGUUUCUUGAUCCUAGGUGGACAAGCAAAAGGAGCUCAGACAAUUCAACCAACAUGGGGUACGCAGUGCUAAAUAACCUUGACAUCCCAACUAAAGAAAGCCAUUACUGGAUUGGUGCUGCUGCUCUUCUUGGUUUCAUGUUUCUGUUCAAUAUUCUUUUUACCAUUGCUCUCAUGUAUUUAGAAGCCCCUGGAAAACCACAAGCAAUUAUCUCCAAGGAAGAAGCUGCAGCCAUGGAAGAACCAAUAUCACAUCCUAGAGGCACUUCUGAUGCUAAGAAGGGCAUGGUUCUUCAGUUUACUCCAUACGCCAUGUCAUUUGACAAUAUCAACUAUUUUGUUGAUAUGCCUCAUGAAAUGAGAGAACAUGGGGUGACAGAAAAGAUAUUGCAAUUACUUUCUAAUGUAACCGGUGCCUUUAGGCCGGGAGUCCUAACUGCAUUAAUGGGAGUAAGUGGGGCUGGUAAAACUACAUUGAUGGACGUUUUAGCAGGAAGAAAAACAGGUGGUUAUAUCGAAGGAGACAUAAGAAUAUCAGGAUUCCCUAAAAAACAAGAAACAUUUGCAAGAAUCUCUGGAUAUUGUGAACAAACGGAUAUCCAUUCUCCCACAAUCACUGUUCAAGAAUCUUUAAUCUACUCUGCUUUCCUCCGUCUCCCAAAACAAAUCAGCAAAGAAGACAAAACGAUUUUUGUGCGUGAAGUGAUGGAGCUAGUUGAACUAGACAAUAUCAAGGAUGCAAUAGUGGGACUUCCAGGAGUUAGUGGUUUGUCAACAGAACAGAGAAAGAGGUUAACAAUCGGAGUGGAGCUUGUUGCAAAUCCAUCCAUUAUUUUCAUGGAUGAACCGACUUCUGGACUUGAUGCAAGAGCAGCUGCCAUUGUUAUGAGGGCUGUAAGAAACACAGUGGAUACAGGGAGAACUGUUGUUUGCACCAUUCAUCAGCCUAGUAUUGAUAUCUUUGAAUCCUUUGAUGAGUUGCUGCUACUGAAAAGAGGAGGAAAAGUUAUCUAUGCGGGACCACUAGGAAGGCAUUCUCAAAAUGUCAUUGAUCAUUUUGAGGAAGUUGCUGGGGUUCCAAAGAUCCCUGAAAAAUACAAUCCAGCAACAUGGAUGUUGGAAGUCAGCUCUGCUGCUACAGAAAUACGACUGGGCAUUGACUUUGCUGACCACUACAGUGCAUCGCCUUGA